UCGAACUCUUCUGUGAAGAAGUUGUAUAUUGUACAGUGUUUCCGGUUGAGAAGGAGGUUCCUCAUACAAUAAUAUUUAUUGUCAAAAAAAUGCAGAAUGUGAUUAACGCAGUGAAAGGAUCAGCUCUUAGUGUUGCUGAGAAGUUCACACCUGUAUUGAAGGAAUCCAAGUUUAAAGAGACAGGAGUGAUCACCCCUGAAGAGUUUGUGGCAGCAGGAGACCACUUAGUGCACCACUGCCCCACCUGGCAAUGGUCAACAGGUGACGAGUCCAAAGUGAAACCCUACCUCCCCAAGGACAAACAAUUCCUUAUAACCAGAAACGUGCCGUGUUAUAAAAGGGUGAAACAAGUGGACAGUCAUAAAGAAGAACAGGAGAAGAUUAUAGAGGCAGAUGAUGAAGACGGAGGAUGGGUGGAUACACAUCAUUUCCCAGAUUCAAACACAACCUCCAUUCAGGAUGCAGUGCAGGAAAUGACCCUUGACAGCAAGGAGAAGGGGUCAAUAUCAUCAGAGGAAUUAAAAAAGACUGAUGAUGAUGACGAUGAAGAUGAUGAUGAAGAGGCAAUGGAUAUGGAGGCAUUUGAACAGAGUGGAAUGUUGGAAGAGGAAGACAAUGCUGUCCUUGAUCCCUCUAGUAUUAGUGGACAGGACUCGGAGAAUGCAGGUGUAGAAAGUGGGAUACUACAGACCAGAACUUAUGAUCUCAAUAUCACAUACGACAAGUACUACCAGACCCCAAGGUUGUGGCUGUUUGGAUAUGAUGAGAAUCGCAAACCCCUCACUGUGGAACAAAUGUAUGAAGACUUCAGCCAAGACCAUGCAAAGAAAACAGUUACCAUGGAAAGCCACCCUAAUUUACCAGGGCCUCCUAUGGCAUCAGUUCACCCUUGCAAACACGCUGACGUGAUGAAGAAGAUUAUACAGAUGGUAGCUGAUGGAGGUGGAGACCUCGGGGUCCAUGUAUAUCUAAUGAUUUUCUUAAAAUUUGUGCAAGCAGUGAUUCCUACCAUAGAGUAUGACUUUACACGUGACUUCAGCAUGUGACCACUAAUCACCAUUAUGUGUAUCAUUUUACCAAACACAGGUCACAUGACAGUCAUACUUUUAUCAUGUGAUCAUAUGAUUAUGACUGAAGCUUGGAAAUUUCCAGAGGGAGUUUUAUUUUUACUUUGGUCAUAAAAUGGUUAUUGACUUUAUUAUUUAUUGUUACAUGGUAUGUUUGGGUACUUGCAUGGUUACUUGUACAGAGUGGACGUCCUACAUGUAUUAUCACAUCUGUGUAAAGUGUUCCUUUUAAAAUAACAGUUGCAUUAUAGGGGUACGGCAAAUACACAUGUUCUGCUAUCAUGUUUUCUUUAAGACAUACAUGUAAUGCUAUAUAUAUUUAAGAAAUAAUGAACUUGUUGAAUAUAAAGAA